GGUACCCAUGAAGUGAAUGACGUCAUACGGGAAGAAUGCGCCAUGGAGUUCGUAUUGGGCUGCGUCAAAGAAUCGUGCCACGAGAGCUACAUCCCUUACAACAAAUUUCGCACGGAGAGCCUGCCGCCGCGGUUCAGGGACCACCACCUGAUGGAGGUGAUCAAACUCAUCGCGUUUCUGACGGUCAGGAUCCAGGUGAGCUACACGAGCACGGCACGGCCAAGGUUUCACGCGGGCACGACCAGGGAGUAUCCGUUCGGGAAUUCACGCGGGAGCACCAACAAGCGCACGGGGACGGGCCGCAUCGGGAUGGUGUGGAAGUACACCGAGAAGGACGACCGGACCUGUCCUUGUCGUGCGUGCAAAAAUUCCGAGAACCCUCGGAAAGAUAUUCACGCGGGAGCACCAACAAGCGCACGGGGACGGGCCGCAUCGGGAUGGUGUGGAAGUACACCGAGAAGGACGACCGGACCUGUCCUUGUCGUGCGUGCAAAAAUUCCGAGAACCCUCGGAAAGACUGGGGCCUGAUAAGGGUCAUCACCGCUGUUCACGUGGUCUACGACACAUCCGAGGCGUUGCAGACGACGUGCCGCUUCGGGUUCGACUCCGAAAAGAGCCCGGACGUGACGAUUGAAGGGGUCGACAUGGAGCGAGCGGACGUCAAUGACGACAGGUGUCACCUGGCGUGCGUCACCCACGACCUUCAGCUGUUGAACCGGCUCAAAGUUCAAUGGUCACGGUAUCCAGGGCUCCACAAGAAGGUCACGGAGAAGUUCGAUCGACCGGACGACAACCUCGUCGCCAUCGUCUCCCACCCGCACGGCUGCAGCAAGCACGUGUCCCUCGGGUCCUGGACCCACAAGAUGACCACGGGCGAGUCCUCGCCCGGCCACCCGUACGUCAUGUACACGUACACCACGGCAACGUGUCCCGGGUCGAGCGGCGCCACGGUCUACAUCAUGGGGAGGUCUUGGGGUUUGUGGUACAACCAGAUUCACAGCGGCUACAACGGAGAAGACAAUUUCAGUGGAAACGGUUGUGAUUGAAGACAAGUAGAAUUGCUACAUAUAAACGCAUACAAGCUA